UCGUAUAGACGUGAUGGAUUCGUAAACCAAUUGCAAAACACGAUCAGUUGGUGCCAAAGGUUGAUGUUGUUGACGCGAAACGGUUCAUUCAAUAAAUUGAAAUAAAUUAAAAGUUAUGUUUGUUGAUGUUUUAUUUGUGAUUUUAGUAGCGUUUCGGCUGGAGGAGGUUUUCACGAAAGAGCCUUGUCAAACUAAAGAAGGAGUUAGCGGUUCUUGUAAAAUUAUUAACAAAUGUCCGUGGGCAAUACAACAAUUAAAAAAAAGAAAUUCUCCGAAUGUAUGCUAUUUUGCAGGCGUCGAUCCGGUUGUUUGUUGCCCGGAAGAAUUUGAUUCAAACGAAACGAAAAUAUCCACGGAAAUCGCAAAAGAAAAAUGUGAAGAUUAUAAGCGUACAACAUGUUUAGAUUCGGAUCUAAAAUUUCCUGGCUCAAUUAUCGUCGGGGGGACAGACGCAAAUCCAACCGAAUUUCCUCAUAUGGCUGCGUUAGGUUAUGGAGACUCUCCCAAUAUUCAAUGGGAAUGCGGUGGUAGUUUAAUAAGUGAAAAAUUCGUUUUAACAGCGGCUCAUUGUUUAAUUUCAAGACAAAGUGGUCCAUUAAAGCACGUUCGAUUGGGGGAUGUUAAUUUAGGUGGAACCAUCAAUAACGAUCGGUUUGCUCAACAAUUCCUCGUAGAGAAAGUUUUUGAAUAUCCAGAUUACGUCCCAUUUUCCCAGUAUCACGACAUAGCUUUAAUCGAAUUAAACAAAUUCGUUAAAUGUAAUCAAUAUGUUCGACCAGCUUGCGUUAAUUUCGACAACUUUUUACCGGAUGGAACCCCAAUUGCAACGGGAUGGGGUGCUACGGAAUAUGGAGGAAGAAAUAGUGAUGUUUUACAAAAAGUUAGUUUAUCAUAUAUUUCAUAUAGGAGAUGUGGAGAAACUUAUCGCCCCGAGCCGAAAUUAAAAAGCGGAAUUGUUCAAGAUUGGCAAAUUUGUGUUGGGGGAGGCGUUGAGAAAAAGGAUACUUGUCAAGGUGAUUCUGGGGGACCACUUCAGGUUAAAGUACAAGAAGAUCCUUUGGUUUAUAAAAUUGUUGGGAUUACAUCGUUUGGAAAACUUUGUGCUGUUGCUCCUGGUGUUUAUACUAAAGUUUCUUAUUAUAUACCUUGGAUUGAAAGUGUUGUAUGGUCAGGAAAAAAUCACAUACGAAACGUUUCCGGUCCGAAUGAUUCAUACCCGACCCAUUUACCGUCUCCAACAACACUUUACUUAGUCCACAUCAUAAUGUGUGCCCUUCUAUUUCUUCUCAGCGUCUCAUUAGUGGUUAACUCGAUUAAUUGUCAAGAAAAUGGAGUUCCUUGUAGAACUAGAGAAGGGCGAUUAGGAAGAUGUGUUUCAAUUAAUAAAUGUGACAUGAAAAGAAUUAGGCCUAGAUUUUGUGGUUAUGGUGAUUAUGAGGAAUUAUUUUGUUGCUCUAAUGAUAAUCGAAAAAAUCGUGGUAAUGUUAAUUCAAGAAGCUCAUCUUCAAAAAGUCAACAGAAAUGCCAAGAAUAUUCAUCAAAAAUUUCAAGAACUUAUUAUGAUUAUAAUCCAUGGGGAUCUUUCGGAAGUUUUAACGCAAUCGUUUCAGGACAAAACUCAUUUCCAAGAGAAUUUCCUCACAUGGCUGCUUUAGGUUUCGGGAAUGAAAAAGAAAUAAAAUGGAAUUGUGGUGGGACCUUAAUAAGCGAAUCUUUUAUUUUAACAGCAGCUCAUUGCUUAUCAACAAGAGAAUUCGGAGAUGUUGAAUUUGUACGAUUAGGCGAUUUAGAUCUUGCUUCAAACAACGACGACUCCGAACCACAACAAUUUCAAGUAAAAAGAACUUACGAGCAUCCCGAUUACAAGUUAGAUUCGAGAUAUCACGAUGUUGGUUUGAUUGAAAUAGAAACCGUGCGAUUUUCUAAUUAUAUAAAACCGGCUUGUUUGUACACAUCCCAAGAAAUCCCAUCCUCGAGGUUAAUAGCCACCGGAUGGGGUUCCCAAGUUUACGCCGGUUCUCCUGUUAGUUUUUUGCAAAAAGUUGAGUUGAGACACUCGCCAUUUCAGGAAUGUAAAGAUACGUAUCGACCGGAAAAAGAACUUGAAAAUGGGAUCGUUGAUGAAUGGCAAAUUUGUGCUGGAGGUGAAAAUCGAGGAGAUACUUGUCAGGGUGAUUCAGGGAGUCCACUUCAAUAUAAAUCACCCAAAGAUUCUUUGUUUUUAAUUGUUGGUGUGGUGUCUUUUGGAAAACUUUGUGGAGUAGCACCGGGAGUUUAUACAAGAGUGUCGUAUUAUGUACCUUGGAUAGAAAGUAUUGUAUGGCCUAAUUAAAUAUAAUAAACAUCAUGAAAAAAGAAUAA